AAAAAUGAAAUUUUUUUAAAAAAUUUCAAAUUUCCCGCCGUACGUCCCGACGUCACAGGGUCCGGAACACAGAAGCCGGAUCCCGGCAUCAGCCGGAGGAGAUGGCCAGGGACGCUGCAGGGGACACAUUGCGGGAGCGAAGGACAAGGUAAGUGCUGCAGGGACUCCCUGAGCAACGCCGCAUGGUAAGCCCGAGUGUAGCUCGGGGUUACCGCUUUUGGUAUUGAAAUUUUACCCCGAGCUACACUCGGGAAAACCGCUAAGGCGGAUGAAUGUUUUAAAAAG